AUGGAUUUUAUGUUGGCUUUUAUAAUUUCAAGCAUUGAAAUGAGAAAAGUUAGAUCAAGUUUGUUUUUUCCAGCUUCUUUUGUGUGGGGGCGAUUUAAUCUUAACAUUGAUCCAAAAGAUUUAACUGAAAUUUAUGCUUCUGUUAUGCUGGAGAUUUCAAAUAUGCUGAUAAUACUUAUACUACAGAAGAUUAUUAUACAUAUAGGAUUUGCUCGAAAUAAUUUGAACUCAAUUUCAAAUUAUCGUAUCGUGAGGCUCAAGCCAAAAACUUCUGACAAUCAAUGUCUUACAGACAAACAUGUCGUAAUGGUUGGGAAUAAGAACUUUAACUUGUAUGCUUUCCUGCUGUUUUGCUUCUCAUAUAUGCAUGUAUAA